GGGAACGGCCUGGUUUUUUUUUUUUAAAAGAAGCCGUCGCACCGACCCGACACAUCUUGGAGAGAGGCGAAUUGGGGCAAUAACGGCGCGUGGGAGAAUCGUAUAUCAUGGCUGCCUCGUUGCCGCCAGCACUGGCCGCACGCCUCGCCAAGCGAGGUAUCCUCAAGGUCGGCAAAAAGAAGGCGUUCAAUCCAUUUGAGGAUGAUCUCCCUGACGGUUGGCAUGCCGUUAUUGAGGUUCAAACGAAUGAUGUGUAUUUUUGGAACAUUCACACAGAUGAAACGCAAUGGAAGGUCCCGACUAAACCUGCAUCGCGAGUGCGCACGACCCGUUCACCCCCUCGGACAAGGCCAGAGCCUUCGGAACCAAUCAAUUCAGUAGAAAUGGGCGUGGAUGCACCUCCUGCCCUGUCCAACACCAACGCACCAACCAGUGGACCUUCCACUCUGAUGGCUCCGAGCAGCUUCCAGCUCCCCCGUGGUGGUAUCGCUCCAAUAGUGCAACGUCCCAACAUGGUCGCCCCACCUUCGGGCAUGUCACACCUACCCCCAAUGCCCGUCAUGCCGCCCCCCGGGCUUUCAGAAGCCCCGCCACACUUUGAGCCACAUCAACCACCGUUUUCUGGCAUGGCCCCACCUGGCAUGGCCCCACCUGGCAUGGCCCCACCUGGCAUGGCCCCACCUGGCAUGGCCCCACCUGGCAUGGCCCCACCUGGCAUGGCCCCACCUAACAUGGCCCCACCUGGCAUGGCCCCACCUGGCAUGGCCCCACCUGGCAUGGCGCCGAAUUUUGUCCCACCUCCCACGUCUAGUCGCGGUCAUGAAGGAGCACAUGCUGGUCAGUACGGCGGACGUGGCGGUGGACGUGGCGGUGGACGCGGCGGACAUGGUGGAGGGCGUGGCGGCGGGCGUGGCGAGCCCCAAGGUAGCAAGCGUCCUACCGGCAGCAGGGAUACGGGGGGAAAUGACCAGGAUAUGGACGAUGAUGUCGCUGCCCGCUUGGCAGCACUCAAAUCGGGCGCACCCAUGCCUCAACGGUCACGGCCCCAGGUUCGGCCUCUUUCGUUCAGCUCCAAGCCCGCAACACUAAUCUCGUCUCCCAAUCCACUGGCACGUCCGCGUCCUUAUCGAAUGUUUGGGUUGAAUUCCAUGCUAGGGGCCUGUCGGACCGGGCGGUAUCCCGCUCGAUCCCAAGCAAAAGUGGUACGAUCCUGCACAAGCUUCCAAGCACCCAGCAAAUGUGCCCCUGCUCAUUGUUGUUCUCGAAUCGAUGGCACUAUAGCUGGCGCUGCAACAAGAAGAACACACUCCCUGACGGAACCUGCGUUACAUGCGCGCAAAAACUGGUGA